AUGGGUGAAUCAAGACAAGAACUCCUCGCAUGGCUAAACGGCCUCCUCCAACUCAACAUCACAAAGGUCGAGCAAUGCGGGACAGGGGCCGCGCUUUGCCAGUUAUUCGACUCCAUCUUCCUUGAUAUUCCCAUGAGCCGGGUAAAAUUCAACGUCAAUACGGAAUAUGCAUACAUACAGAACUUCAAGAUCCUGCAGAACUGCUUUACAAAACAUGGCAUCGACCGAACCGUGCCGGUCGAGCAACUCGUCAAAUGCAAAAUGCAAGACAACCUCGAGUUUCUACAGUGGUCAAAGCGGUUCUGGGAUCAGUACUUUCCGGGCCACGAAUACGACGCUGUCGCGAGAAGAAAGAGUGCCCCUGCCGCUCCCGCCGCCGCUGCGACCUCUGCGACCGCUCCGCGAACAAGCACCGGCUCGAGCACCACUCGGAAAACUGGCACGACGCCCGUGAGUCGACCGACGCCACGUGGCCCAGUUGCAGGAGGUGCCAGUUCCUCUGCAUUGAAGGCCGAAAACGAGUCGCUGAAGGAAGCAAUCGCGGGUCUGGAGAAAGAGCGGGACUUCUAUUUCAGCAAGCUGCGCGACAUUGAGUUGCUAUUGCAGACCGCAGUAGAACAAGACCCCUCCCUGGAGACUGACGACAACGGCCUCGUGAAGAACAUCCAAAACAUACUCUAUAGCACGGAGGAGGGGUUCGAGAUUCCGGACUUGGAAGCCAACGGAGCAGAAGAACCUGAGACAUUCUAG